AUGGACGAUGAAGCGUUGGCAAACCUCCUUUCCUUACUUGAGGGCUCUGCAGUGCCAGAAGACACUGCGCGAACAGCCUUGCGCCAAGCAGGUGGCAGUGUGGAAUUGGCCAUUUGUCGGAUUUUCGCGGGUCGGGAUGCGCAUUUGCCGUCCGGGGUGAUUGACAUAGAUGAAGAGAGUUCUCCAGGAAGAAAGAAAAGACGCAAGGCUGAGAAAAGGGCCGAAAGAACCUCCAAAAUGGAGAGCAAAGUGCCCAAAUCGCCGAAGUCGUCGACUUUGCACAGUUCUGCUGCAAAGAAACCUUCACUUGAAGGCAUGCCAUCUGAGGAGACGCAGGCAGCAAGUGAAAGUGAGGCGGUACCACUGAGGUCCCAACUCCAGGGUCGCAGGUUGCUGUUUGACACCGACACGAAGGAAUUGAAGAUGGGCAACGGGUGGCUGCACGCGCCAGAGGAUUGCUGGACGAGCGUUGACUUGGAUCUGGGCGGCUUGGCAUGGUCGAAGGAUGUCUUGUUGAAGGACCCGCCAUGUUUGAAGCUAAGCAGCGGUGAAGCCAAGGCAUCAAAAGGGAGCCGUGGAGAAAUGCAUUGUGCGUCGGAGAUGGGUUUACGACCGCAGUUUGCUGGGAAACUGCAAGAUUCGAUAAAGAAGCUGGGAGGAGAUGUUGCCCUAAAAAGGGACUUGUUGCAGCCGCUUUUCGCCACUAUGCUGUCGGAGGUGCGUUACCCUCCCAGCAGUCUCAGCUUCAGUUGGAGGGCGCGCUCCGUGGAUUUUAAUCUUCUCAGGCGCCCCGCUCCAGCGGACCUCAUGGGACCUUUGCCCGAGCGGCCUUUCAAGUUGCUGGAUAAUGGCAGUGAUGCUCCUGCUGAUCAACCGCCGCACUUUCAGGCAUAUCCGCUGAGACCAGAGCAGCAAAGGUCAUUGCAAUGGAUGCUGUCCCGAGAAAACCUUCAAGAUGUUGAUGAAGGUCAUUUGGUUGAGUGGAGGCGUUUUUGGACUUCAUGGGAGAGGAGUUUCAUUGAGGGGACUGAAGAAGAUCAACUUGUCCCUGGAGCCCUGGUGCAAAUUCACUCCGAUGCACAAGGGCCUUUCUUUUUCCAGGACCAUUCAGUGGAAGCUGCCUCACUGCAGAGCCUUCAUGGUGAGGUUUUGCCUAUUGUAGCAGGUCCCGACCAUGUCCAUGUGAAGUUUGGUCGAUCCUAUAGCUGUGUGAAGUGUCCCAAGCAGGAGUUGAAUUUUGUCGACUCGGGUGAGAUCCGCCCGGGCACAAGAGUAAUGCUCAGGCCAGAACUCAAGGCUCCCGCGUUUGGUUGGGGCGGCGUGACCCAUUCCAUGGUUGGCAUUUUCUUGCGCCACCAGGAUAGCACAACAGUCAUCAUCAAGUGGCCAACUCACCCCAAUUGGAAGGGCAAACGCGCAGAGAUUCGCAGAGUAGAUGCCUACGACUCCAAUGACAAGGUUCCAUUGGUUCUUGACCUGAGAAUUCGGGCUGCCUUCCCGGUCCGUGGUGGCAUUCUUGCAGACAAGAUUGGGUAUGGCAAGACAGCCACCACCAUCGCCUUAAUCGACCAUCAGCUGCAGCAGCCUUUGCCAGAAAUCCCAGAGGCCGACCGAGGCAACUUUUUGCCGGCUAAGGGCACGCUGAUCAUUGUCCCAUCCAAUUUGUUCGAGCAGUGGAUCAACGAAUUCUCCAAGUUCAUUUGGGAUGGAAGACCUUUGAGGCAACAGAUGAAGGGAGGCUGGUCACCGAUCAACUGCCCCAUGAAGAUCUUUGCGAUGGUGAAUGUGAGUCCAUUGUCAAGAGCCAAGGCACGCGAUAUUGCAAAUGCAGACGUGGUGAUUUGCUCCUACCGGCUUUUGUACUCGCCGAUCUAUUUGAACAGACGUCAGGAGCUCUGUGGGGGCUCCGAAUUGUCGACUCUACCAGAUCGAGUCAGGGCUCUCCUGCACGGCAAGAAGAUGCCCAGCGGACGGAAAGAUGUGAAGGUUCACGUUACUGAUUGGGAGGAGCGGGAUUUUUCGGAAGUGUGGCUGAGCGUCGCGUGA